UAUUUUGAGCUGUCAAGUGUCAAUUAAAUGUGCAAAGUCAAAAAAAUAGUAUAUUUUUGAUAUGACUGUUUCAGAAUCCUCUGAAAAAGCUUUGGAAAAUGAAAAACUGGAAGAGGAAGAAAAAGCCUUUGUGCUCACCUACAUAAAGGAGGCGCAAGAACGUCUGCAAUUAAAAACAGACAUGCGAACCUCUAACCAAGCUGCACCAUCCUCGAGGCCGAGCGAAGCUCACUUCUCCAAAUUGGACUCGAACUUUAAAAAAAACACCGCCUUCGUCAAAAAGAUCAAGAGCUUCACGUGCUCGCAGCUGGAGUCCUACCUAAAAGACAUGUCCUCGUUGAACCUGACGAAAUACAUUUCCGAAAUCGCGGCGGCAAUAGUGGACGCCAAGCUUAAAAUGACCGACAUUCCGGCCGCGCUCAAACUGUGCAGCAUCCUGCACCAGCAGUACGCCGAGUUUUCCCAGCACCUCUUUGAAAACUGGCAGAAGGCGCUGUCGCUUAAAGUCGGCGAUAAAAUAGCGAAUCCGAGCAAGCUGCGCGUCGACUUGCGAUUUUACGCCGAGCUGGUCAGUGUGGCGCUAUUCACUAAUAAAAACGCAUUUACUCUGCUCGGGAAUAUUCUAACGAUACUGAUUAAUAUGGACAAAGAAGAUCACUUUAACAUAUCGAUUAUUCUCACCUUUUGCAAGCACUGUGGCGAUGAUUACGCAGGCUUGGUGUCGAGGAAAGUGAAGGAGUACGCCGUGAAGUAUAACUUCGAGAUACCGAAGAGUUCGUUCUUACAGCCCGAGAAGCAGCAAAACGUGCGUACGCUGCUCAAAGAUUACUACACGUCGAUUUGCAAGCAUCUACUGAAGGAUCACAAGGAGAUGCGCGAAUUCGAAAAGCAGAAUCGACGCAUACUAAACUCGAAAGGCGAACUGAGCCAGGAGCGCAAGGAGAAGCUCGAGUCGCUGCAGGUGAUGUUCGAGAAGCUCCACACGGCCGCGCAGAGUUUCGCCGACAUCCUGGAGGAGGAUCUGCCGGCGCUUCCCGCCGAUCCCGUUCCGAAAGAGGACGAGACGAUGAUCGUGACCGGUACCGGGUUGGAUCCGGAGGACGCGGCGUCUGUCGCGAACAUGGAGAGCCUGUGGGGGGACAUCGAGACUCAGAAGUUCUACUGCGAGCUGCCCGAGCUGCAGGUUUUCUUGCCGACGUCGUACCUGAACAAGGAUAAGGAUAAAGUCGAACCGGAGGAGACGGUCACUGAGGAAACUCUCGACUCCGAGUUGCCGGCGGAGGAACUUGACGAUGAUUGUAAACCGGAAGAGCCUCUAGAAGAAGACGCCGAAGAGUCCGUCUCGACGACCGUGAGUAACAAGAUCAUCUUCGAGGCGUUCGUUAACAAUCUGCCGAACUGCGUCAAUCGCGAACUGAUCGAUAACGCGGCCAUCGACUUUUUGGUCACGCUAAACAACAAGCACAACCGUCGAAAGUUGGUGCGCGCCCUUUUCGGCGUGAAUCGCACUCGCCUAGAUCUAUUGCCCUUCUACGGGCGGUUCGUCGCGAUCAUUUAUCCGGCGGUUCCCGAAGUCGCGAACGAGCUGUUUCUCAUGCUGCGUCAAGAUUUUAAGUAUCACGUCCGGAAAAAGGACCAAAUCAACAUCGAGUCGAAGAUAAAGGUGGCGCGAUACAUCGGCGAAUUGGUCAAGUUUAAAAUGUACUCGAAAAUGGAGGCGCUGUACUGCGUCAAAAUACUGCUGCACGACUUCUCCCAUCACAACAUCGAAAUGGCGUGCAACCUGCUGGAGGUUUGCGGCAGAUUCUUGUACUGCUGCCCGGAGUCGCACCAACGAACCAAAGUCUACUUGGAGCAAAUGAUGAGGAAAAAGGCAGUGCUCGCGUUGGACUCCCGGUACGUGACGCAAAUCGAAAACGCCUACUACUACGUCAACCCGCCCGACGUAGGCCCCACGAUUAAAAAGGAACGGCCCGUCAUGCACCAGUUCAUUCGAAAGUUACUCUAUCAGGAUUUGCAGAAGAAUAAUAGCGACAAAAUUAUGAGACUUAUCAGAAAAUUGGACUGGAAUAGUGAGGAGAUUGCUUCGUACGCGAUUAAAUGCUUGAUUGGGGCGCACAAUAUCAAAUAUCUCAAUAUCAGAUGUCUAGCGAAUCUCCUUUCGGGCCUGGUCGCCUACCAGGAGGAGGUCGGUACGCGAGUCGUGGACGGCGUUCUCGAGGACAUUCGGCUCGGCAUGGAGGUGAACUUGCCGAAGUUCAACCAGCGGCGCGUCGCCCAAAUAAAAUACCUGGGCGAGAUGUACAAUUACAGAAUGGUCGAGAGCGGCGACAUCUUUAAGGUGCUGUACUCGCUGAUCACGUUCGGGGUCACGAUGGAUCACUCGAUACCGUCGCCGUUGGAUCCGUCCACGCACUUGUUUCGCAUUAGGCUGGUCUGCGUUUUGUUGGAGACGUGCGGGACCUACUUCAGCAGCGGGAGCAGUAAAAAGCGUUUGGACUACUACCUGGUGUUCUUCCAAGCGUACUAUUGGUUUAAGCGGUCGUACGUCGUCGACUUCCCACCGCCGUUGGAGCACCUGGUCAAAGAUACGCUUCAGAUACUUAGGCCGAAGUUGAAAGUGUGCCAGAGCUAUGAGGAGGCGAUCGCGGAAGUAAAUAAUGUAAGAAGUAGUCUUGGGAUAGAAAACCUGCUCGAGGUGAAGGAGAGGGGCGAUGGCGAAUUGGAGGCUAUUGCCGAAACUGACAACGAAGAUCAGGCAGACGACGAGAUCUCGGAGGGUUUAACGGGACCGAUCACCGACGAUACCGGAACCGAAGAUGAAACCGUUGAUCACACUCGCGAUUCUGAUGAUGAGGGCGAUCGCACAGACACUGAGCAAGAGUCAACAUCCGAGUCACACGCCAUACCUAGCGCGCCCCGUAAAGUCGAAUGCGCAGAGGACGAAGAGUUUCUAAGCGCACUCGACAAAAUGGUCUCUGAAAACAUUCAAGAUCGCAUGCGCGAACCAAUAAAGCUAUCCAAUGUGGACAUUUCCGUACCGGUCGUGGUCAAGUCGAACAAAAAGACCUACGAUCAAUUACAGGAUUCCAACAACCCGGACCAGGGAACUAUGGGAUUCGUUCUGAUGGUCCGCAAGGGCAACAAGCAGCAGUACAAAACGUUCCACGCCGACAUCAACUCCGAGUUGGCGCAGAACUUGCGCGACCAAGAGCUCGUCCAGCGCGAGGAGAAGGAGCGCGUCAAACGCCUGACGCUCAACAUCACCGAACGCUUCGAGGAGGAGGACUAUCAGGAGAUGCUGCAGCAGCAAAGCAAGCCGUCCAGUCAAAAUUUGAAUCGCGAGCGCAAAAAGUAUCAGCAUCCGAAGGGCGCGCCCGACGCCGACCUAAUUUUCGGUCCGAAACGUGUCCGUUGAAAACGUCCGUGUCAUGUGUUUGUUCGAUUGGUCGAUAUAAUUUUUUUAGGAACGGGAUUUUUAUGCAGGACGAGAGGCGAAAUAGAAGAUGUUCAUUUAACCGAAACGGUUCUUUGAUUGUAUUGUGUAACAAAGUAAAGGGUCGUUAAUUUUUGAUUAA